GGUGCAAUUGGAAAAGGAGGAGCAAUUACCUUAAUGGAGAAUCACCGGCGGCAAAGAGGAUGCCUGUGAAGAGGGCAAACAGUGGGCCUGUGAUGACGGCAGAAAGGAGUGUUGUGAAUGACAAUCGGAAGGCGAGAGGACACGGACCACCAGUGGCAGAGACGAGGGAGAGACGACGACGGUUGUGAAGACGGCGAGGAGGAAAUUCAGACCGGAAAAAAAAACAUAGAUGUUGGUGGUAUAUUGACAGCUGCAAAACAGAUGCUCACUAUCUUCCUCUCCAUUACUGCAGAGACUACAAGCAGUGUCCAUGGGGAUGAACUUGCUAAGUCUUUUCUUGGUUUGGAGUCUAUCCCUGCAUAGGAGCCAUAAUAUGAUUUUGUGCUUGGGUAUUGAUAGCUUGUUCCAGACCAUGUUAGACCAGUUAGGUUCUUGUCUUUUCCCAAUUAACCACUUGUAGCCAUCUUUUGAAGAGUAUGGGCUGUUCAUCUCCAUUCCUUCAAAGCACCUUCUGAUCUUUAGCAUUUUCUUCCAGUAGAAACAUGAGUCAUUUUUGAUUUGGCAUUCCCAUAUGUUAUUGGUCUUUAGAUAUUUCCCAUGAACCCAUUUGACCCAUAGGCUCUCCUUCAU